AUGCCUGCGAUGGCCAUCCGCAAACGCAGCAACACCAGCAACAUCGACACCGACCGCAAGCGCCGACGCCUGACUCGCUCCCAAGAGCAGCAGAUCCGCGGUGUCUUCCCCUUCCUUGCUCUGCCAGCAGAACUUCGCAUGGUCGUCUACGACUAUGCCAUCGAUACUGCUGGUGCUCGAAAGCUCCUGCAGUGCUACUACGACAAGAUCCGCGACGCUACUACCACCGAAAUUUCCAAGAUCAUGGGCCCGCUGGUCUACUUCAGGACUCCCACAAUCCUUCUUCUCAAUAAGCAGAUCCACCGUGAGGCUUACGAACUCGUGCCCAAACGCCAGCUCACCUUCGAUCAUGGCCUUCUCGACCUCGCCGACCUUCAGGACUUCGUGUCGCCAGCCUUGCUGCACACGGUCUCGUCGAUCACGAUCAACGACUCCGGCCACCCACUCUUCAAGUCCAAUAUGAUCGCCGCCUCCUGGAUGGGCUACAUGACUCUCCUCGAGCAGCUUGCCGACGUCCUCAGCAGAGGCCACAAACUCAAGACCUUCGAGAUCAGCUUCGAGCACGAGGAGCUUGUGCCGCACAUCACGAUCUGUUGGGCCAAGACCUACAAUUGCGGCUUCCGUGACACGCUGCGCAAGGCGUGCGAUGCUUUACGUAGUGUGCGCAACGUCGGCAGUGUCACGCUUCGAGGUCUUCCUGAGCCUUUGGCGUCGCAGCUCAAAGCACGCAUGGAGAGCACGCCCAUCAACUUCCUUGAUCUCCCUGCUGAGCUGCGCAACAAAGUCUAUGGAUACGCCGCCGAUUGGUCUGAUAUCACCCCUCAGCUUGCCGAGACCAUGAGCAAGUGGCUCAACAAGACUAUGAUGCCCUUGUGGCCAGCUCGCUCGACGCCGACGAUCUUGCUGCUCAACAAGCAGAUCACCAACGAGGCUCUCGUGGUCUUGCGCAACAAGCCCCUCGUGCUCUCCUUACCCGUCAACCACGACCUGCAGUACCAAGCUCAGGUGCCCGUCGUGCUCAACCUCGUCAGUCCUACUACGCUCAAAUAUGUCCAGCAUCUUGUGCUCGACAUCGGCAGCUGGGAGUGGGUGUACAGCCUCGACUCUCUUCUCCCCCACUUCGGCACCUACACUGGCAGCAGUGGCAGUGUCAGUCCGAUCACUGCCCAACACAUUAGCUUCACAGCCAUCAACGUCCCUACCACUCAUCACAAUACCCCCACCACCGGUUUGCCCAUUCUCGGUCUCACACCCGCCGUUCACAGUCUCGACGUCCGCUUCAGCGACAUCCUCAAGGACCGCUUCCUCGACGAUCCUCAAUAG